CCGAAUACUCGUAAACUUGUGGCUGAAGUUCUUUCAUUCUUCUGUUAUUGUGAAAUUCCGACUGGACAUAAUUUGGUAUUGGGUGGAUUUGAUCAGCUUAUGCAAUUUCAAUCUGAACAUGGAAGAUUUGAUGCUUGGAUGAGAACGUUGGAAAAUACAAUCGAUGGCCGUGGACGUUAUGGAAGUUUAGUCAAUGCGAGCGAAGAAUAUAAAAAAAGUGGAAUAGGCUUAGAUAAUUCGUUGAUGGAUGAUGUUUUCCAAUACAUUCUUUCCAUGGUUAAGGGUACACGUGCAUAUGACUUUUUUUUGUCGGCCAUGCAGCAUAUGCUGCUUAUUCGUAGUAAUGAUGGUGACGUAAGGACAAGAUACUUUCAGCUUAUUGAUGCGCUAGUCACUCAGGUCGUGAUGGAUAAACACGGGGUUGAUCAGGAUUGGAACAAUUCAUUGAACACUACCGUCUCACAAAUGCUAUCUAAAAUUGCUGAUCAAGAUAAAAUUCAAGCUGCCAUUGAUGAAGCAAAGGAAGCUAAAGCUGUGGCAGAAAAGGCUUUGCACGAAAAGCACGAAUUACAAAAGGAACUCGCAUCCAGAGCAGAUGAAACUGUGGGUGAACUCAGGAAAAAAGUUGAUUCACUGGAGGAACUUUUACGUAUUUCUCGUCAUACAAUACAAACGCUUCAGCAAAAACUUGCCGAUUUAGAAGCAAGUUAUUUUGAAAAAUUGACUGAACAUAAUAUUGAGUUAAGGGACUUUGAGAGGAUAAUAAAAGAGCAACAAAAUGCAUCUGAUUCUGGAUCUCUGAACCGGCAAGAAAUUAUUACAAAGUUGGAAAGAAUGCAAGAAAUUGCGAAAACCGAGGCAAAAUUGGUGGGAGGGAAAGUCUGGACUCCAACGUUCGGUGACUUUAAGGUGCCGGACGCAAGCGAAUAUAUUUAUAACAGCCGUCAUAAUAUAGCUUCUCAAGGUGUCAUUGGAACACAAGAUAUUUCAGAUGACCUUCCACAAUCGGGAUCUAAAAUUCUUGACCAGCCAAAAAUGAAUGCCGAUAUACUGAACGAGUUGAAAAGUUAUAAAAGAAAGAAUGGCACACAAAUUGAAUCUCAACAUGAUGAUGGAUCACUCGAUUUACCCGGCGAGGCUCACGAUCAAGAGUUAUUAAUUACGACACAAAACAAACAAGAUCAGCAUCAAUCACCUUCAUCUGAAAUUUUACCUUCGUCAGAGGACUCAACAACCUCUGAUAAAUCACGACCUGAUGAAGUCACGCCACAACCAUCAUCUUCGCUACAGGGAACAACACCGCCACC